GGUGGAGGAGAGGUCUAUGCUUGAGGCAGAGGUACCGAGUCGCUGGGAACCACGGGAAGCAUCCGCGAUUUGCAAGCGGCGCGACGACGGAGGGGGGUACGGUGUUUUUUCUGGCGGUCCAGGAGGAAACUUUUCUGGGGCCCGCACGGCAACGGACUAGUCGCGUUUUAAUUGAAUUUGGUUCGAUCGCGUGAACCCAGAAGAACUGGAAGAGAGAGAGAAGGAGCUAAACUUGUUGUGUGUACGUGUUUGCAUGCGAGGUAGGCGAAUGCUUUUGCAACGCGGUAAUCGACGCUGGACGACCAUGAUUGGGUGAUUGGGUUUCCGUUCCGCUCGUGAAGAGGGAGUGCGCGCGCGCCUGUGUGUGGCUGAAGGGAGAGAGGGAAGGUUGUGCAGGGAAGUAUCGUGCUACUUCCCACCCUCUCCUCCGUACGCCCUUCGCCCUCUUGUGGGCACCUCCGUGAGUUGCCGGCGGUAUGGAUGCCUCCACGUGGUGCGUGGUGCGAUGCGGUCUCACCUGGCUCCUGCUCACCUUGACGUGGUCCUGCGGCGUCGCCAGCGGCGGAAAUGAAACCACGGUACCGGUCACCGAAGCGGGGACGACAGUGGUGGAGGACACUUUUGGUGCCGGACUGACGACGUUGGAUGAUACGUUCCUCUACCUGCGCGAUGCGAACAGCGAGGACUUGAAGGAUAAUGUCAUUCAAGUCGGGGGUCUGUUCGAGACAAAGGAGGACGCCAUCUUGUUCCAGGCAGCCGUGGAUGUCGUCAACGAGGACUCGAGCAUAAACAUGGAGCCCGACUUGCUUCCGCUCGUCGAACUGCUGCCGGAAGACGACAGUUACGAAGCGGUCAGGGACACGUGCCGGCUUCUUCUGCGGGGUGUGGGAGCCGUGUUCGGUCCCAUGUCUUCGAUGAGCGGCGAGCACGUGAGCGACGUCUGCAACAGCCUGAACGUGCCGCACGUGGAGACUCGCUGGGACCCGGCGCAGGAGGCGUACGACGACUCGCUCAACCUGUUCCCGGACCCCGCCGUGCUGGCCGAGGCCUACGUGGCUCUGAUGAGCCACUGGCAGUGGCGCUCAGUGGCCAUCGUUUACGAGGAGGACGAAGAAGUAGCCGAGAUGAAGGGCCUGCUGGAGGAGCUCCGCGAGGCCGACAUCGACGCGGACCACUACGCGCGCAACUCGACGGACUCCUUCCGCGACGUGCUCAAGCGCGUGCGCGAGGACGGCCACACGCACAUCUUCGUCGCCAUCGAGGAGGAGGACACCGAACCGUUCCUCAUGCAAGCACUCCAGAUCGAGAUGCUGAACGACGACUACAGCUACCUGUUCCGCUCCCUGGACUUCCACAUGGCUGACCUGAGCGACUUCAUCUACUGCAAGGCCAACAUCACGGCGCUGAGAAUCGUUGACGUGGAUGAUCCCGCUGCCACUGUGCUUGACAAGAAGAUCGAAGCACUCGAGGCGGAGAACACGCCCAAGCCUACCGUCGCGGCGACUGGUGAAGAAGAGGAAGAAGAAGACUACGAGGGAGAUGACGAUGACCACGUCAAGUUCCCCCUCAAGCUGUCUACUGACGCUGCCAUGCUAUACGACGCGGUGAAGCUUUUCGCCCUGAGCCUCAUCGAAUGGAAUGGCGGGAAGGACGCAGUGUUUCCUGCGCUUGACUGCAGAGAGGACACGGUUUCGGAUGACAACAACACUGACGAGCUCAUCGCAGUGAUGAAAAAGGUCCAGUUUGAUGGACUUACAGGCAUGGUAAAACUUGACAACAAAGGCGUUCGGACCGACGUUAAGCUCUAUGUGACCGAACUCGGACUGGAUGGAUUAGAGGAGAUUGGAACGUGGUCGCCUACUACUGGCUUGAACAUCACCGAGGACGAGGCGGAUGAUGAUGAAGACGAGGACGAAGUAUUGCGGGUUCUAUCUGUCGCCGUGAGUCCAUUCAUGAUGGUAAAUGUAAUAGACGGGAAGAAUGUCUACAGUGGCUUCUGCGUCGACCUACUUGACAAGCUGUCAGCGGAAAUGGACUUCAAAUACGAGCUCCAUGUUGUGGCGGACAGCAAACGUGGCAGUCCAAAUGCUUCGGGACACUGGGACGGAAUGAUUGGAGAAGUGAUAGCCGGCAGAGCUGACCUGGCUCUAGCCGACCUGACCAUCACCGAGCACCGAGAGCGGGUGAUCGACUUCACGUUGCCCUACAUGACGGCUGGUCUGGUGGCGGUCUCAAAGAAAGGAGAACCCAGGAACCCCGGGGGCAUUUGGUCCUUCUUCCUGCCCCUGACGCGAGAGGUAUGGAUUUACAUCCUGCUGGCCACGGCAUGCACCGUAUUCGUGAUGUACAUCAGCGCGAGGCUUAGUUUCCGGGAGUGGAUGUUGGUGGACGACGGUAAAGGUGGCGAGUGCAUGGAGAACCGCUUCAACCUGUUCAACUGUUUCCUGUUCGUGCUCACGACUCUGCUUCAUCAGAGAGUGAGCCUCGACCCCAGGGCACCAGCGACCCGUGUGUUGGCUGGCUUCUGGUACUUCUUCACUUUCAUCGUGCUGGCGAUCGUGGUGAGCAACCUGUGCGAGAGCAUCUUGUGGCAAGACAGCGGACCGGACUACGACUCCGUCGACGAGCUCAUGAAGACCCCCGGCUUCACCUACCUCGCCAUACGAGGUGGUAGCACACGCUCAUUCCUUGAGCACUCCAGCGUCCCCCUGCACCAAAGGUUGUCGCAGUUCGUUGAACGUAGCGGACGCAACAACCCGGGCACGUUCGCAGAGGGUCUCGAUCGCGUCAAGAACGAGGAGAAAGUGGCCUUCAUCAUGGAGUACGCGGCCGCCGCCUACAUCACGCAGAGCGACUGCGAGUUCACCAUGACCGACACUUUCGUGCACCACUCGGCGUACGGCAUCGCCACUGCCAGAGGCUCCGAAUAUCGCAGCCUCCUCUCCGAGGGCAUUCUGAAGCUCCAGGAAGACGGGCGUCUGCAGUGGCUCCAGGAACGCUGGUGGAAACCCAACCAGUAUUGUGGCCAGGGUGACGACCUAGACGGCGACGGCGACGGUGACAGUGACGAGGAUGACGAGGAGGCGCACUCGCUCGAGGCCCGAGUUCAGAUUCGCCAGCUGACCGGAGCGGACCUUGCCGGCGCAUUCGUGAUCGUCUACGUGGGUUUCAUCAUCGCUGCCAUCUUCGCUGUUGGCGAGCUCUUCUACGUCUUUAGCACUAGGGCCAAGAGGGAGACGCACUUGAACUCCAUCGCCGUCUCAGACCACAUGAAGCAGGCUGGAUACGUCUGGAGGAAGUCGAUGGACCUGACCGAGAUGACAAUGUGAUCGCGCGGCUUUCUCCUGCAUUGUCAAGGGCUUUGAAGACGCACCUUUUCGCGUGCCCGUGAACGACAGUGCCCCGAGAGCACUUGUGAUUUAUUUGACGAAACAAUGUUUUUCAAUGUGUGCAUGUUGCAUUCUGACUUCCCUACCAAUUGAAGAAAGGGUCGCGGAAAGGUCGCGAAGCUUGGAGAACGGAACGUGAAACGAUGUCCGUGUGCAGUUCUCUACCUGAUGUGCCACAUCACAAAAAGAACGCUCGCGGUUUCAAUUUCUGAACACUUUUAAACAGACUGCAUAAACAAGGUGACACGUGCAUAAGAGUUUUGAGGCAUAGGAAAACCAUCGGCUUUGUUCUCCUAACACAUUCACUUACUUAGACUCGUCAGUUUUAUGCUGUAAACAGAGACAUCGCACUCAGAUGGUUUCCGGUGCUAUAGACGGUAUAAUAAGCCUGUGCCUACUAACUGGGCCAACAAGCGACGUAGGGGCACUGAGAUGGACAUGUGCGCAUCAUUGUGUCCCUUUUAACUGAUUCGUGAUUCGAGUAAAUCCUCGACUUCAUGCCUUGUUAAUUGGCUUCGAUUCUACACUCGGGCAGAGAAUGUCUCAAAUACACUUUUCCGUAUUACAUUUUGUAUACUUUAAUGGGAAGUCUUGAACAUAUUUUGGAGAGGGGGACGGGGUGGCCGUGACGGGAUGUUUAUAGCUGUGGUGCUUCGCAGCAAAGCAUCAACCUGGGAAGCACUGCGGAAAGGCAUGCGACACUUGAUGGGGCGAUCUCAUAAUCGGCAGGUUCACAUUUCGUGCCGAAACUGUCGAUAUGUCGGUCGCCUGGCAACUGGAUUGAUUUUCUUCUUGUGCGAUAACUUACCUAUCGUGAAAGAGUGUUAUGAAGUCUCACUUCUACAUUAGACAAGUGUUGUACACCUUUACUGCAGAGCGACAUCCGGGAAAUAGAAUGAGGCGUAAAUUCUUGUGAUGCUUGUUUCUUGCCAUGCGAAGGAGCUUUACUGGUUCUACACACAAAUACCGACUUUGUGUCAGCAAAGCUGUGGCAUUACACCUGAUCUUAGUGCCAUUUAUGGGAUGGUGAAAUAGGCACGUGAAGCAACAAUGAAACUGCCAGUACCUCUGAGCUUUUGCUUGAGCAAUACGAGCUGUACAUUGGGAUGUGAGAAAGAAUGUAAUAAACGAUUUAUUCGUUUA